AUAUAUGCAAAAAGGUCCCAUUCCCAUUUCCCUCCCAUCUCCAGCCCUAAAACAGCACUGACGCCGCCGGGAGAAAGAGCAGCCGAGAGCCGCCGCGUUCUCUCUUUCUCAGACUUGACUGGAGUAAACCAUGCAAUCGAUUUGGCGGAGUUUGUGUGGAAGUGGAUUUCACUUUUCCAAAUCCUUGAUUUGUGCGGGAGGGCAACCUGUGAACCAUCUUCAACAAACUUCGGGCCAUUUGAAUCGGGUUUUGGGAAAUGAACCGAUUUUCUCUGGAUACAAGACAUUAUCUAGUAAUGGGAUAUAUCAAUCUGUGAAUUCUGGAGCUAAUUUUCUCAUUAGGAGCAUGACUACAUCGGUUAAUCCUGAAAUUUCUGAUGGGCAAGAUAGUUCUGGGGCGUCCCCCGAAGUUAUUCAUCCUCCGCGUAUUAAAUUUAAAAGACUAGACAAAACGGCAAGGCAUAUAAUGAAUAUUUUGGACAAAGAAGCAGUUGAGAAAGUUCGAUCGGAGAGAGAGAUACCAGCCAUUGAACCUGGCUAUAUUGUCCAGCUUAAAGUGGAAGUGCCUGAGAACAAGCGUCGUGUUUCAGUAUUGAAAGGCAUUGUUAUAGCAACACGAAAUGCCGGUCUACAUUCCACAUUCAGGUUACGAAGGCUUGUAGCUGGUGUUGGAGUAGAAUCUGUUUUCCCCUUAUACUCUCCAAACAUCAAGGAAUUUAAGGUUUUGGAGAAAAAGAAAGUACGAAGAGCGAAGCUUUACUACCUAAGGGACAGGAUGAAUGCCCUAAAGAAAUGAUCGGCUUCUUUUUUCUUAUGGUUAGAGCUCUCUUUUCUGCAACUGCUCUGAUUCAUACUCUCAACCCUAAACUCUUUUUGAUGAAAUCCAAAUUUUCGUAUCAAUGUUAGGGUGGUUCUUUCUGCUGCAUAGGCUGAAAUUUUUUUUAUGUAUUUUAAUUACUAUGCUAUCACAAAUGUUUCCCUGUUUCUUUUUAA